AUUAACUAUAUGUAUUUACACAUAUCGAAUCGUGCGUGCACAUUUUAUCAUUCAAACUAAAGGCAUCUUUUCGCGCGGUUGCCCGGCGCUUGCGCAGUUCGACUCGACUGGUUCCGUGAUAUAUCUAAACAAAUAUAAUGGGUGGUAACUACUCAGCAAUGGAUCCGAUGGACGUUCCAGUCCCAGACUUGCCAAAAUUAUUCGAAAGGGACAGUUAUUUGAAACCUUACGAAAGGGAAAUUAGACGCAGAUAUGCCUGUUUCAAGGACUUAUGGAACCGCAUGGAGUCGUGGGAGGGUGGUAUCGAAGCAUUCACCCAGGGGUACAAGUAUUACGGACCGCAGUUCCACCAGGACGGGUCUGUGACCUGGCGGGAGUGGGCCCCUGGAGCAUACUACAUGCACCUUCAAGGAGACUUCAACGGCUGGAACUCCAAAAGCCAUCCGUUCAAGAAACUUGAAUACGGCAAAUGGGAGCUCCACAUCCCAGCCAACGCCGACGGCUCCUGCCCCCUGAAGCACGACUCCCGAGUCCAGAUCAUUGUCAACGAGAACCUCUACAGGGUCUCUCCCUGGGCCAGCUUCGUGAAACCCUUCGAGGGGUUCACCUAUCAGCAGUUUAUUUAUAAGCCGGACAAUCCCUACAAAUUUAAGCACCCCAAAGUGGUCCGGCCGAAAUCCCUCAGGAUAUACGAGUGUCAUGUUGGCAUCGCCACGCCUGAAGGAAAGGUCGGCACCUACAACGAGUUUCGGGAUAAUGUUCUGCCCAGGAUAAAGAAACAAGGAUACAACGCAAUUCAACUUAUGGCCAUCAUGGAACACGCUUACUAUGCUUCCUUUGGUUACCAAGUUACCAGUUUCUUUGCGGCAAGUAGUCGGUACGGCACACCUUGCGAGCUAAAGCAGCUGGUUGACAAAGCUCAUGAAAUUGGACUCUACGUGCUCCUCGAUGUGGUCCACUCACACGCGUCGAAAAACACACUCGACGGACUCAACGAGUUUGAUGGAACUAAUUCUUGCUACUUCCACGACGGACCCCGAGGAACCCACUCCCUAUGGGACAGCCGACUUUUCAACUAUUCUGAAACCGAGGUACUAAGAUUCCUGCUAUCAAAUUUAAGAUGGUACCAAGAAGAAUAUCAAUUCGAUGGAUUCAGGUUCGACGGAGUCACCUCAAUGUUGUACCACAGCCGAGGCAUUGGCGAAGGUUUUUCCGGCCAUUACGACGAGUACUACGGUCUCAAUGUCGACACUGAAGCGUUAAUUUACCUCAUGCUCGCGAAUGAAAUCACACAUAACAUCGAUAGCAGAGCUAUCACUAUUGCUGAGGACGUGUCAGGCAUGCCUGCGACUUGCCGGCCCGUCAACGAAGGGGGUAGCGGGUUCGACUACCGGCUAGGGAUGGCGAUCCCGGACAUGUGGAUCAAGCUGCUGAAGGAGGAACGCGACGAGGACUGGAAGAUGGGGCACAUAGUCCACACCCUGACUAACAGGCGGUGGAAGGAGGGGACGGUGGCGUAUGCUGAAAGUCAUGAUCAGGCGCUUGUAGGCGAUAAAACAAUCGCGUUUUGGCUGAUGGACGCAGCUAUGUACACUCACAUGAGCAUUCUGAGCGAACCUAACUCUGUCAUUGAGCGAGGCUUGGCGCUACAUUGCAUGAUCAGGCUGAUCACUCAUGCCCUGGGCGGCGAGGCCUAUCUUAACUUCAUCGGUAAUGAGUUCGGCCACCCCGAAUGGCUAGACUUCCCCCGCGCUGGCAACAACUCCUCCUACCACUACGCCCGCCGCCAGUGGAACCUGGUCGAUGAUGAGCUGCUCAAAUACAAGUUCCUGAACGAAUUCGACAGGGACAUGAACCAUCUGGAGGAGAAGUACGGCUGGUUGGCUUCGGAUCCUGCGUACGUGUCAUGCAAGCACGAAGGAGACAAGGUGGUCGCGUUCGAGCGCGCCGGGCUGCUGUUCGUGUUCAACUUCCAUCCCUACCAGAGCUUCACCGACUACAGGGUGGGCGUCAACGACCCUGGGAACUACAAGGCUGUAUUGUGCUCGGAUAGUAAAAAAUACGGAGGUUUCGGCCGUGUGGAGACCGACGGCGAGUCACACCAUACACAGGGACAGCCAUGGUCCAACAGGAAUGAUUCCUUGCAGGUUUACAUCCCAUGCCGCACUGCUAUUGUUUUCGCUCGUAAUUAAAUAUUUGAUGUAGAAUUAUUACAGUAGGUUAUUAUUAGAAUACAAAGCCUUAUGAGCUGUGCAUAGAUUAUCAUAUUCAUUUGGUACUUUUACUGGUUAAAAGAUUUGCACGUUAAAAUGAAUGAGUUUAUGUUUAUCUUAGUCUGUAAAAAGUAUAUUAUUCCAAAUAGUGUUUAAGCAUUUUUGGGAUAUGAAAGAUUCAAUCAAAGACUUUAAUUAUAGUACAAAUUUGUAUAUUUUUAAUAAUUUGUUAUAGUGAAUAAAAUUAUCUAUUCAUU